AUGAUGAAGUACACACAAAGCUGGUGCCAGACGCCCCCCUCUGUCACAGUGCGGAUCAAGCCCACCACCGCCCGCACGUUGCAGCUCAAGAGAAACCUUUGGCUAAAGAGGCCCAAUUCGCAAGACGCCCAGGGCCCAGCAGGAAAGGCCUCCAAUGGCAGGGGCCAGCGGGAGCCCACCCGAGUCAAACUGUCCUGGGGACCCACACUUGUCAUUCACCGUCAGGAGAUGGCAGCGUUUUUCAAGCUGUUCGAUGAUGAUCUGAUACAGGAUUUCCUUUGGAUGGACUGUUGUUGUAAAAUCACAGACAAGUAUUUGCUGGCCAUGACGUUUGUCUACUUCAAGAGAGCUCGCUUUAGCAUCAGUGAGCACACCAGAAUGAACUUCUUCAUCGCUUUAUAUCUGGCAAACACCAUGGAGGAGGAUGAGGAGGAGAGCAAGUAUGAAAUCUUCCCCUGGGCACUUGGUAAGAACUGGAGGAAGCACUUCCCAGGGUUCCUCAAGAAGAGGGACAAGCUGUGGGCACGCAUCGAGUAUCGAGCUGCUGUCAGCCGGCGCUGCUGUGAGGAGGUGAUGGCCAUCGUACCCUCUCACUUCCUGUGGCAGCGGGAAAGGGCAGAGCACCACAGCGGGGCACAGAGGCAGUACGGGGACAGGGACGAGGUGCAGAUGCCCCGUGGCCCCUCUGCCUCGCCCGCUCGCUGCGCCCUCUGCACAACCACCUGCUCCCGCCUGGACCUGGCGCUCUCCGCCUCCUCCUCCACCAGCUCCUCCCCUCUGGCCCUAAGUAGCUCUCUAUCACAGGAGACCACGCCCCACAGGGGCCCUGCUCUUCCACAGGCCUGCAGGAGGCCUGAGACCCAGCGCCCCUGCUGCUGCAUGGACACCGCCCCUUGGAAGUGCUGCUGCUCUCCAGGUAAUGAGGACAUCUGUGGAGCAGGACAGGACACCUCCAUGGACUGGAUUAAUGAGGAAUAG